UCCAUUAGUAAAGGCGACGCAACAGCAACAGCAGCAGCAGCGGUAGAAAGCGUCUACGCCAAAAGUAAACGCUUUUGUUUGUAUUCCGAAUUUCCCGUGUUCUCCGGUCGCGUUGUACCGCGUUCAGCAGUAGCGCUGGAAUACUUUAUUUCACCCUCCGGUCCAAUAAACGUCGCCAAAAUAAUUCACCAACAAACCAUUACCGACAUCAACUUCGCAACGGCGACCACAAUGCCAUAUAACGGCGCCAGUAAUGGCAGUGGCGGUGGCGGCGGCGGAGGUGGUGGCGGUAUAAGUGAUGGGCCGCAAAAUAAGAAGAUACGUACCGGUGUACAACAGCCGGGCGAGGCGGAUGCACAUUUGCAUGCAAGGGCGGUCGUACAACAGAGCCAGCAACAGGCUUUACUCAACAAAUCCAAUGAUGAUCUGCGACGAAAACGCCCGGAAACUACGCGGCCAAAUCACAUUCUACUCUUCACCAUCAUAAAUCCAUUCUACCCCAUCACAGUGGACGUUUUGCACAAAAUCUGCCAUCCCCAUGGCCAAGUACUACGCAUUGUCAUUUUUAAGAAGAAUGGGGUUCAAGCUAUGGUUGAAUUUGAUAGUCUUGAGGCGGCAACAAGAGCACGUGAGAAUUUAAAUGGUGCCGAUAUAUAUUCGGGCUGCUGCACUUUGAAAAUUGAUUAUGCCAAGCCAGAGAAAUUGAAUGUAUACAAAAAUGAGCCAGAUACCAGCUGGGACUACACACUUACCGCCGUUAAGGAGAUUGGAAACGGUCGAUCACCGCUGCUACAAGAGCCGCUUUAUGGAACACGCCCACAGCCCUACAGUAAGUUUCAGCAAAGUAGUUUCAUAACAACCACCACAAGUGGUACUAUUGGCCUCAUAUCCACACCAACCAAUUUUUGUCAAUUUAAAGAACCACCACUGCUGGGACCCGGUGCCGCUUUCCCACCAUUUGGCGCAGCAGAAUUCCAUCCCACCACACCGGAGAAUUGGAAGGGCGCCACCAUACAUCCGACCGGACUGAUGAAGGAGCCAGCUGUGGUGCCGGGACGCAAUGCACCCGUCACAUUCGCUACACAAGCACAAGGACAGGACAUUAUACCUUCUCUCCAGGGUGCUGUCAUGAUGGUUUAUGGCUUGGAUCACGACACAUCGAAUACAGAUAAAUUAUUCAAUUUGGUUUGCUUAUAUGGCAAUGUUGCAAGGAUUAAAUUCCUGAAAACCAAAGAAGGCACCGCCAUGGUACAAAUGGGCGAUUCCGUUGCCGUCGAACGCUGUGUCCAACAUUUAAACAACAUUCCCGUUGGCAAUGGUGGUAAAAUCCAAAUUGCCUUCUCCAAACAAAAUUUCCUGUCCGAAGUUAUAAAUCCAUUUUUAUUACCCGAUCAUACACCCAGUUUUAAAGAGUAUACCGGCUCAAAGAAUAAUCGUUUCCUGUCGCCAGCACAGGCAAGCAAAAAUCGUAUACAACCACCGAGCAAGAUUCUGCACUUUUUCAACACACCGCCUGGCUUAACCGAAGACCAGCUUAUAGGCAUUUUCAAUAUUAAAGAAGUGCCCGCCACAUCUGUGCGAUUAUUCCCACUUAAAACGGAACGUUCCUCAUCGGGUCUAAUUGAGUUCCCCAAUAUUUCACAGGCCGUCUUGGCCAUCAUGAAGUGUAAUCAUCUGCCAAUUGAGGGUAAAGGUACCAAAUUCCCCUUCAUCAUGAAACUCUGCUUCUCAUCAUCAAAGAGCAUGAAUGGCGCAUGGAAUAAUGCCACAAAUGAGGGCAUGAUCGAAAAAGAGAAUGAAGUGGAAGUGAAACAGGAUGUAUAUAAUUGAGAUUUAAUACAAAUUCUAUAAGCUGAACAUAAUAAUAUUAAUAUUAAUAAUAAUAAUGCAGCAGCAGCAGCAACAAUAACAAAAAAUUAAUACAACAACAGCAAAUAAAAAAAGAAAAAUAAAUAAAUGGACAAAAACGUAAAAAAUUGCAAAAAAAAAUUAAGAGAGACCAAAAAGGAAAAUGGCAAGUAAAAUAAUAGAAAAGAAAAUAAAAUUAAUUAACUGAAAUUGGAAAAUCGAAAUAAUGCGACAAUGAUGGAGCAGUGAAAAGGCAAGGCCUGCAACA